GACUAAAGAUGGCGAAGACUUAUGACUACCUGUUCAAAUUGCUGCUGAUAGGAGACAGCGGAGUGGGGAAGACCUGUUUGCUUUUCAGGUUCAGCGAGGACGCCUUUAACACCACAUUUAUUUCUACCAUCGGCAUUGACUUCAAGAUCCGCACUAUAGAAUUAGAUGGCAAGAAGAUAAAGCUUCAGAUUUGGGAUACAGCAGGACAGGAGAGAUUUCGUACAAUCACUACAGCGUAUUACAGAGGGGCAAUGGGCAUUAUGCUGGUUUAUGAUAUCACCAAUGAAAAAUCAUUUGACAACAUAAAGAAUUGGAUAAGAAACAUUGAAGAACACGCCUCCUCUGAUGUAGAACGGAUGAUUCUGGGAAAUAAAUGUGACAUGAAUGACAAGAGACAAGUAUCAAGAGAAAAAGGAGAAAAGCUUGCUAUUGAUUAUGGGAUCAAGUUCCUUGAGACCAGUGCAAAGUCCAGCAUCAAUGUGGAGGAGGCUUUUUUCACACUGGGGAGAGACAUCAUGACAAAACUCAACAGAAAAAUGAAUGAAAACAUCUCUCCAAGCGGAGGAGGUCCUGUUAAAAUAACUGAGAAGUCAUCUAAGAAAAGUAGCUUUUUCCGUUGUGUGUUGCUUUAAUGACAUUAAGCACAAGCGAGACAGACAGACUGUGGCACACCUGAUCUAUCGGCUCCACGCAUAGCACAGGUGCUGCAAAGGCCUCUGGGGGAACUCCUGUUUGCUGAAAGCACCAACUAUGAUAGUGUUGCUCACAUUGGUUUCUGGAGUGGAAGUUUAUUAGAGAAUGGUGCGCUUUAUAUCCCAUCCAUCUGAGACUUGAACAACCAGAAAAAGUUAAAAAUAUUUUUCUUGUGUGUUCUUGAAGGAAGUUUCCCUUGCUUUUUUUUUUUUACUCUAUACCUCGUUAAAGACUAAGCAUUGUUAGUGCAAAAAAGUAUUACGUCUUUAAGUUUAUUCAUAACUGUGGACUUAACUAUUGGGGGUGAACCUGUGGUUUAUUUUUGUUUUAGAUGGGCAACAGUGGAUGUAUUUCAGUUUGAGAGAAACUAAAUUUGAUGUGAUAAUUUGCUGAAAGUUGGACAGUGCAUAACGGACAUUGGUAUUAACUUAUUGUUAAAGAUAUGCAGAACGUGUAAUAAGGGGCUACGUAGUAGGGAAUGUGGCUUGGAAUGUUUUGUGUCUGCAGAUGGAGAGAACAUUAUUCUUCAUUCUUCUGCAUAAUCAUGUAUCAGGAAGACGCUUUUAAUUAGGAUAUAUCAUUUUUUUUUUCUUGGG